AUGCAUCUUCAUGCUUUUUCAUAUACUUCUAUUCAAAGUAUUUCUAUCCCAAAAGAAGUCAGAGUGAUUAAUGACUAUUGUUUCUUUCAUUGUCACCAGCUUACAACAGUAAACAUUCCAACUGAUUCUCAGCUAGAAAGCAUUAAUGUUCAAUCUUUUUCAUUUACAGCCAUUGAAACAAUAUAUAUACCAGAAAAGGUUACCUUUUUCCAUGGGAAUGUUAUUGAAGGAGUUGCAAAUUUAAAGUCUAUCACAUGUCAUCCUUUGAAUAAGAAUUAUUUAUCAGAUAAUGGAAUUUUGUAUUCAAAAAAUCAAGCAACAAUUGCAAGAUAUCCAAAUAGUGGAAGCAUUUCAUUCACUGUUCCGAACUUCGUUACUGUAAUAGGAUCCCACUCUUUCAUUUCAUCGAAUAUCGAAUCAAUCGAGCUUCAUGAUAAAAUCACAAGAAUCGAAGAUUAUGCAUUCAGUACUACGAAAUUGAAAGAUAUUUUAAUUCCUGACUCUGUUACAUUUAUUAAUAAAGGUGCCUUUAGAUGGUGUUAUUAUCUGACAAGUGUCAAACUUUCAUCCAAUAUUACAUCUAUUAAUUUGGAGACAUUUAAAGAAUGUCCAAUUUCAGAAAUUAUUAUUCCUGAGGGAGUAACAACAAUAGCUAAGCAAUCAUUUGAAGACUGCUCACAAUUAAAGAAUGUUCAGUUACCUUCAACAAUUAAGAAGCUCGAAGGAGGUGCAUUUCCAAAAACUGUUAAAUUAAAUUUUGCUCCAGGAGCUCAAUUGUCUUUAGAUGAUCAGAUGAUUAUGUAUGAUUUAUACAAAAACACAGUUAUUCAAAUUAUGACCGAUAAUGAAUCAGUUACAUUACCAUCGAAUGUUACAACAAUUUCAAGUUUUGCCUUUGCAAACUCAAAACUAUUGACAACAGUAAAUUUCGAAUCUAAUAAUAAACUAACAAUAAUUAUGGCAAAUGCUUUCAAAGGUUGUAUUUCUUUCUCAACAAUCACACUUCCAACAAGUUUGACUAGAAUCGAAACUUUGCAUUUCAGAAUUGCUAUUCAUUAA